AUGUCUCUCUCCACCGUUAACUCUCUUUCUCUCUUGAGCCUCCGCCUCCGGUGCUUCCGUCUCAUGACCGCCGGAUCUGACCCGUCCAUGUGGCUACGACCCAGAUCUGAGCUCUCUCUGACGACAGCUCCUUGUGGCGCUGGCUCUCUUGCCGCCGUCGUCGCGUGUAGCUCCUCUUCCUCCGACGGCGUCAUUUCAGAGCUGUUAGCCUCCGCUGCCUCUCCAUUCUUCAUCUCUUUCUCCAUCAAAAUUGCCUGA